GGCCCGGAAGGGGCCAGUCGCGCUUCCGUCUCCGCCGGGGAUGCACGGAGGGCGGAGCUGCAGCCCGAGGACGCGACGCGAGCCCAGUUCCGGCGAGGAGGCCGCGCCAGUGACAGCGAUGGCGGCGGAGUCGGCGCUCCAAGUUGUGGAGAAGCUGCAGGCGCGCCUAGCCGCGAACCCGGACCCGAAGAAGCUAUUGAAAUAUUUGAAGAAACUCUCUGCCUUGCCUAUUACAAUAGACAUUCUUGCGGAGACUGGAGUUGGGAAAACGGUCAAUAGCUUGCGAAAACAUGAGCACGUUGGAAGUUUUGCCAGGGACCUAGUGGCCCAGUGGAAAAAGCUGGUUCCUGUGGAACGAAACCCUGAGCCUGAUGAACAGGACUUGGAGAAGAGCAAUUCUCGAAAGCGUCCUAGGGAUGCCCUUAAGGAGGAGGAGGAGGUGGAGGUGGAGGGGGACUACCCAGAAAGCUGGAAAGCCUCCGGGAGUCGGUCGUAUAGUCCUGAUAAUAGACAGAAGAAACACAGAAAACUCUCAGAGCUUGAGCGGCCUCAGAAAGUAUCUCACAGUCAGGAGAGGAGAGACGAGAGAAAGAGGUACCACAGAGCCUCUCCAGUUUACUCUUCAGACCACGAGUCUUCUGACUACGGCCAUGUUCAAUCCCCUCCGUCAUCCACCAGCCCUCAUCAGAUGUCUGGGGACCAUUACAGAUCCCUGGAGGAGGACCACGAGCCCUUUGUUUCACACCAGAAGCCUGGCAAAGGCCACGGUAAUGCCUUUCAGGACAGACUGGGGGUCAGCCAAGAACGCCACCUGGGUGAAGCCCAGGGAAGAGAAGUCAUGAGUCAGAGCAAGGAGCACAGAUCUUCCCAUAAAGAAAAACGUCCCGUGGAGGCCAAAGGAGACGAGAAGUCUUCUUUGAGCAGAGAAAAAUCACACAAGGCCCUCUCCAAAGAAGAAAACCGGAGGCUGCCCUCUGGGGACAGUGCAAAGGAGAAACCGCCCUCUAGUGGCGUCAGGAAAGAGAAGGAGAAAGAGAGCGGUACCAAGAAAAAGGUUUCACCCACCUUGGACGUGGCUUCAGACAACCACCUUAAAAAGCCAAAACAUAGAGACCCAGAGAAAACCAAAUCAGACAAAAACAAGCAAAGUCUAGAAGGCUUAGACACUGGCAAGGGGGCAGGAGACCUGCUGCCCAAGGUGAAAGAGAAGGUUUCUAACAACCUAAAGACUCAAGAAGGGAAAGCAAAACCUUCUCAUUCAGAUAGAAAGUCCGUGGGCUCCUUACCCAAAGCCGAAGAGGCAGAUGUAGAUGAUGAAUUUGAGCAGCCCACCAUGUCUUUUGAGUCAUACCUCAGCUAUGACCAGCCCCGGAAGAAGAAGAAAAAGAUUGUGAAGACGUCAACCACAGCUCUUGGAGAAAAAGGACUUAAAAAAAAUGAUUCCAAAAGCACUAGUAAAAACUCGGACUCAGUUCAGAAAUUACCUAAGGUGAAUGAAAACAAGUUGGAGAAGCUUCUGCCAGCCGGAGCCGAUUCAGCCAAACCGAAAAAGGUCCCCAGUGAGGUGUUGCCAGUGUUACCAGACCUUCCAUUACCUGUGAUACAGGCCAAUUACCGUCCGCUUCCUCCCCUCGAUUUGAUAUCUUCCUUUCAACCAAAGCGAAGAGCAUUCUCCUCACCCCAGGAAGAGGAAGAAGCCGGAUUCACCGGACGAAGAAUGAAUUCUAAGAUGCAAGUAUAUUCUGGUUCCAAGUGUGCCUAUCUUCCCAAGAUGAUGACCUUGCAUGAGCAGUGCAUCCGAGUACUUAAAAACAACAUCGACUCAAUCUUUGAAGUGGGAGGCGUCCCGUAUUCUGUUCUUGAACCUGUUCUAGAGAGGUGUACACCUGAUCAGUUGUAUCGCAUAGAGGAAUACAAUCAUGUAUUAAUUGAAGAAACAGAUCAAUUAUGGAAAGUCCAUUGUCACCGAGACUUUAAGGAUGAAAGGCCAGAAGAGUAUGAGUCGUGGCGGGAGAUGUACCUACGGCUUCAGGAUGCCCGAGAGCAGCGGCUACGAGUCCUCACAAAGAAUAUCCGAUCUGCACACGCCAAUAAGCCCAAAGGCCGACAAGCAAAAAUGGCCUUUGUCAACUCUGUGGCCAAACCACCUCGUGAUGUUCGAAGGAGGCAAGAGAAGUUUGGAACAGGAGGAGCAGCUGUGCCUGAGAAAAUCCGGAUCAAGCCGGCACCGUACCCUGCAGGAAGCAGCCGUGCACCCUUCAGCAGUGGCAGCAGCAACAGCUUUAACGCCAGCCCGGAGGAGCCAGCCUAUGACGGCCCGAGCACAAGCGGUGUCCACUCUGCACCUGUGAUCAGCAACACUGUUUCCUAUGACCCUAGGAAACCGACUGUGAAGAAAAUUGCCCCAAUGAUGGCCAAGACGAUUAAAGCUUUCAAGAAUAGAUUCUCCCGACGAUAAACUGAGGACUUACCUUGGAAAUGAAAUUUGGGGGGGGGGGGGACGAAUUUGAAGACAGUGGGGGUUGAGGAAUGGAACUUCCAAAGGAGACCGGACUCUUUGGCUUCGUGGAACCGUUUUGGUCUCUUGAGUCCUGCACAGUCCGCAGGGGUUGUGCCUACACCUGUGUCCGCAGCCACUGCCUCCCCGCCUGGCGAGCACUUCAGAGUUCUGAAGAAGAUGUGAAGCCUCAUUCUCACUGAGGAUUUUAAGGUCAAUUGUACCUUUAUUGUUAAUUAGCUUCUUUAUAAACUAUAAGACAUAGUUUUAAUUAAUAAAUAUUGCCCCCAGAUUGUAUUUAUAUUA